AUGGCGAGCUCUCAUGGCGAAAAGCAUCAACGCAAUAUCUCCAGGGCAACCCGACCGCGUGCAUCGACCAAAGGACCACUAGAUAUCUCCGACGAUAAAACUAUAUCAUCGGAAGACCCAUUGUCUCCUCGAUCCCCCCAAAAGUCUCAGGCGCAACAUCCCCGCUUCUCGCAUGACGCCAGUUCACUCUCCCCAUCGAAUCCCCUAGAUCUCAGCCCCUUGGAAAUUGAACUUGACAGUAUACUCGCAAGCUAUGAACUCUCAACAGUCGUGACGAAGGAUCUUUCAUUUCUAUUACGGCCGGAAAUCUACCACCCUCUCUCCCAACUCGAGAUCCCGCCUAUGUUCCGUUCUUCGUUCUACAAUCCUUCGAUAGGAGAGACAAUCGAGGCUUCUAUGGAGGUACUCAACAAGCAGCUUGCACAGGGCCAUUUCCUUCUAGCGGCUCAUUUGAGUGCAAAGUUAUUGACAUCCCCGCUUAUUCAUUCUUCGGAUGCGAGCAUCAUUUUCACGCUGUUAUAUACUCGAUUGGCCUGCCUUGAGUUAACAGGCAAUAGUGCAUUUGCCGCAGAAGAGUCGAAAGCCUUGGAAGAUCUCAACUCGACAUUCUACUAUGUAGAUGCUGAUUUCAAAGUGGACAGUGAUGUCCAUGAUUGCGCCAGGCGGUCUUAUCAUAUCGUUCCAUGGCCCUUGCGCGUCCUUGCCGUUCGUCUUCAAAGCAUUGCCUUUGGUGACUCACGCAGAAGCAUAACUGGUUUAUAUGAGCUCGGCUUCGAGGCCCGCCGAGAGCUUAUGCAGUCAGGUCUAGAUAAGACGCAGAAACAAAUAUGGAGAGACAGACUCUACGAUCUCGGAGUACGCAGUGUCAAUGCUCUUGUCGAGAUGGGCGACCUUGACGCAGCCCGACGAUCAUUGAGCAAUCUAGGAGAUUCCAGGAAUGUCGAUAAUCAAGCCAGAUCUAUUCUACUAGCUUUGCGAAUUGGGGAUCUUGCCCUUGCCAAAGGCAUACUAGAAAAGUCCACGGUACUACAAGACGGAAUUCUGAAACCUUUAACAACCAUGGCUGAAGGCUCUUAUGACGAGGCUGCUGUGCAGUGGAAGGCUUUGCUUGAUAAUCCUGAGGAAUCGACUAGGCCAAUGAUUGUGCAGAAUCUUGCUGUAUGCUUAUUAUAUACGGGUAAAUUGAACGAGUCUCGCUCCCUUCUAGAGUCACUCAUCUCUGAAAACCAUGCUUUUCAAAGUCUUACUUUCAAUCUGGCGACCAUCUACGAGCUAUGCUGCGACAACCCGCAGAACCGCAAAUUAGCCUUAGGGCAGAUGGUAUCUCAGCAGACCCACAACGGAGAAAUGAAUCUCGAUCGCGCCAAUGCGGAUUUCAAGUUGUGA